AUGGAUAAUAAUAAUGAAAUUAUUGAAUCAAAAACUAAAGAUCAAGAAACUACAAAAAGUACUAAAGAACAAGAACCAAAAAGUGCUCAAGAGGAAAAAAUUGAGCAAGAAAGAUAUUUUUACUUAAAUAAGCUGAAUGAUAUUUUCAACAAACAUCAAUCUUUAAUUACAUUAAAUCGUCGGUGUGGAGUUUCAGCUAUCGCUCUUAUAAAAAUUUUUUUUGAUACUAAAAAAAAGGAAAAUCAAUAUUCUGAGUAUUCCAAAGAUGUGGCUAAAUUGAACGUAGGCAUUUGCACGGAAGAAUUUAAAAAUAUUUGUUCUUUUGUGAAAGACCAAACAUUAAUAUUAAAACUUUAUAGCGAGAUUUCGUUAAUUCUUGGAGCAUUAUUUUUAAUCAUAAUAAUCGUAUUACUUAUAAGGAAUGUUAUUUUUAACGUAAAUUAUGAGGAAUGUGAAGAUGUUAAAAAAUGUCAUUGUAUAAUUAAUUUAAAUUGUGCAGAUCAAAAUUCAUCAGUUACAUAUAACGAUCCAAAAUUUAAUUCUUGUAAUACCUCUCCUCUUAAUGAACUUAAUGAAACUUAUUAUAAUAUGUUUAGCAAAUAUUACACAUGUCAGCAAUUAAAUAUUUCAUGUUUGGAGAAUGUCCGUUUAACACAAGAGGAAGUGGAUAGUGUACGACGUAUUUUAAACGGUUUAAAUGAAAAAGAUGAACAUAAAAAAGAAAAAAAUGACCAAAUUAAGGAAGAAGAAAAAAAUGACCAAAAUAAGGAAGAAAAGGAUGACCAAAAAAAGGAAGAAAUAUGUAGUAAUAAAAUACAUGAAAUAUUAU